AUGGCAAUGAGCAGACAUUUCGAAUACUCCAACUACCAGAUCUCGCAGAUUCACACCACCACCAUCACUGUACCUUCCAGCGUUCACCGGCCCUUGUGUGCUUCUUCUGCAGAUGACAAUAAGAUAUGUCAGUGGUACUGCUGUUCUUGUGGCCAAAGCUACGGAUCAAUACAUUAUAAUCACAACGAAGAAAAGAGUAAAGAGACCAGCAAUGAGAGCCACAAUCCUAUAGAACAAGAUCUUAUUGGUAAUGAAAAUCAAUAUCAUAGCAACAUUAAUAUCAAUAUCGAUACUCCAUCUGGUAUAUCAACGAACAGCUCUGUUGAAUCUCCAUUUCUCAACUCACCAACCCUUAAUGUUCAGGAUUUCAGAUACUACGGCCAGAUGGGUCACAGCAACUCCUUGGAACCGAGUCGCUCGGAAUCGAAUUUAAGUGGCAGCAGUGUGACCGAGUCUUCUUCUCCCAAAACUUGCAACUACGAUUUCUACAGUCCUUCCCUUUCACAAAGACACAUGGAUAAUGAGAAUGCGCCAUUGACUCUUACCAGAUCAAAGAGUUUGGGAGACUUGCUAGAAGACAAAUAUGAACAAUCACAAACUACGAUACCCGGCUCUCGAGAUCCUCUGCAUCUCCAUCCAACAGAAAACGACCACGACAACUACAACCAGAGAAGUGUGCGAGGUUGCGAGAUCAUUCUCAACAUCCCCACCAGAUUCACCUGUCACAGAUGUAACCACAUGAUGUGUCCAUAUUGUCCCAAAGUUCGCUUGAGAGACUUGGAAUAA